AUGGCUACUAAGAAAGACGUCUAUAUUGCCGCAGUCGCAAGAACACCACUUGGCGGUUUUAAUGCUGCCUUAAAAAAAGCAAACAUUGAUCCUAGUAAAGUCGAAGAAGUCAUUUUUGGAAAUGUUCUUUCAGCUAAUCUUGGUCAAAACCCCGCUCGUCAAGUUGCACUAGGAGCUGGUAUUCCAAAUACUGUCGUUGCUACAACUGUUAAUAAAGUUUGUGCAUCGGCAAUGAAAGCUGUAAUUUUGGGUGCUCAGACGAUUAUCACUGGUUGUGCCGACAUUGUUGUUGCUGGUGGUUGUGAAUCUAUGACAAAUACCCCAUACUAUGUUCCAAAAGCAAGGUUCGGAUCUAAGUAUGGAGAUCAAACUCUAGUAGAUGGAAUUGUUAAAGAUGGUUUAACAGAUGUAUAUAAUAAUUACCUUAUGGGUAUGGCAGCUGAAGAAUGUGCUGCUGAUCAUAGUAUAAGUCGAGAAGAACAAGAUGAUUAUGCUAUCUAUUCUUAUCAACGUGCUCAAGCAGCAUUUGCAGAUGGACACUAUGUUGAUGAAAUUGUUCCUGUAACUAUAUCAGGUGGUAAAGGCAAACCUGAUAAAGUUAUUACUCAAGAUGAUGAAAUUACUAAUCUCAAUGCCGAUAAACUACGUGCAGUGCGUCCAGCAUUCAAAAGUGAAAAUGGUACUGUAACUGCGCCUAAUUCUUCUCCUUUGAGUGAUGGUGCAGCUGCAAUUGUUUUAAUCAGUGGUGAAAAAGCUCGCGAAUUAGGCGUUAAAUUGGUUGCUAAAAUUUCUGGAUGGGGUGAUGCAGCUCAGUCACCUUCAAAAUUCACUACAACCCCUUCACUCGCAAUUCCAAAGGCGUUAAAACAUGCUGGUAAUAUUCCGAUUGACCGAGUCGACUAUUUCGAAAUUAAUGAAGCAUUCUCAGUAGUAGCAUUGGCAAAUAUAAAAUUACUUAAUUUAUCCAAAGAAAAAGUUAAUGUAUUUGGAGGUGCUGUUGCAAUGGGACAUCCGUUAGGAUGCAGUG